CCUUUCACCAGUUCCUCUACCCAGCUUCGCCACCUCUCUCACCAAUCCUAGACAUCAAUCACCAUCGAUCACCUUGAAAGUCCCGCCUUCACGACACACAGUUCCAAGCACUCAACCAUGCCUGGCCCAUGCUACAUUGUUCCGCCUCACCUGCUUCGCGGCAUUGCUGAGUCGGAACACAACUCGGAUGCUACGCGUGAUGGCGCCCGGGCGUCUCUCGCCUCCUAUGAACGUUUGGCCACGGCGGUUCAGGAGCGUCUCACCGCCCUCAGCCAGGCAUCGAAGCCCGGCAUAGGCACUGCUCGGCCCGCGCCCUUCAUUCCCGAGGCCGUCUUGGCCCGCCUGUCCCUGUCUGACGAUGUAGAUGGAGAAACUCGCACUCGUGCCAAACGUGAUUUGGGCCACCUCUUGUCUUUAGUGGCCAGGAAGCCAGGUGGAGACGAAGAUACCGACAACGACUCGGACGACAAGAAAGACGAGCCAAAAGACGCGCCAUAUCGUGCUGUCUACGACGCCAAGCAUAUCGAGGCCGAAGGCGACCUUCCUGGCGAGCUUGCCCGUGCUGAAGGUGAAUCCAAGGUGAAGGACAAGGCCGUCAACGAAGCUUACGACAAUGUUGGCCACGUUCUCGACUUCUACAAGGACAAGUUUCACUGGAAGUCCAUUGACAACAAGAAUGCCGAUGUCAUUAGCUCGGUUCACUUCGGAAGAGACUAUGAAAAUGCGUUCUGGGACCCUGAGAAACUGCAGAUGGUCUUUGGAGAUGGCGGAGAGUACCUGGGCAACUUUACUGGUUGCAUUGAUGUCAUUGGACACGAGAUAACACACGCUGUCACGGAGCACACCAGCCCCCUGGACUACAACGGCCAGCCAGGUGCCCUGAAUGAGCACAUUUCCGACGUUUUUGGCGUCAUGAUCAAGCAGAAGUUGGAGAACAAAGAAUCGCAGGAAGCUGACUGGCUUGUUGGCGAGGGAUGUCUCCUGCCCGACGUCAAGGGCCUGGCUCUGCGCAGCAUGAAGAGCCCCGGCGAAGCUUACGACGAUCCACGCUUCGUACGUCGACCCUGAACCUCAUCAUGGGGUAGCUGACCAGGCAUAGGGCAAGGACCCUCAGGUCGACAACAUGGACAAGUACGAAAAGACGUACGAUGACAAUGGCGGAGUCCACAUUUACUCGGGCAUACCCAAUAAGGCGUUCUACCUAGCUGCCGUGGCGUUUGGGGGCUAUUCCUGGGAGAAGGCAGGCCAAAUUUGGUGGAAGGCGAUGACAUGCGGACGCGUUCCAGUUCGCUGCAAUUUCAAGCAAUUUGCCGACGUGACCAUCGAUAUGGCCAAAGAAGAAUUUGACGACGAGGCAGAGGACAAGGUGCGCAAGGCGUGGACCGACGUUGGUGUGAUUGGGAGCUCUUAGAAGCACCGGUCCCAAGGUGGAUGCAUUAUUGUCUAAGUUUUGGCGCCGACUCGGUAACAUCUCUUAAGUUGGCAUGCACGAAGACAUAGAGACUCUCUUUUACAAGAAAUAGCC